UGCAGGCAAUGCGGAGAACAGAUUUAGUAAAUAUUCCGAUAUGAGGGUUCAUACAAACAGUCACAUUAACUAUGUUCACAGAACUUGCCACUAGACUUGGAGUUCAGUAGUGAACGUGGGCGAAGAGACCGCAGGAACAAACGGGAAAUUCAACUGUCAGCUGGCCGGGAAAGCCGAUCACACCACCCGGCUUCCGGGGAUUCAGGGGCCGCAUCGGUUGACGGCAGACGUCGGUCGGUAGCUCGGGGGAAAAGGGCGAGCAACCACAUCAUCGCCGACAUCAACCUCUCGAUUUCAGCCACUUUUCGAGAUGUCAAGAAAGCUACAAAGGACAGAAGUCUGCGCCGACUGCAGUGCGCCAGACCCAGGCUGGACCAGUAUCAACCGAGGGGUCCUGAUCUGUGAUGAAUGCUGUUCGGUCCACCGCAGUUUAGGGCGUCAUAUCUCCAUAGUCAAGCACCUGAGGCACAGCGGAUGGCCUCCCGCAUUACUGCAGAUGGUUCAGACCUUGGCCAGUAACGGGGCCAACUCCAUAUGGGAACACAGUCUCCUGGACCCUGCUCAGGUGCAGAGCGGUCGUAGGAAACCCAACCCCCAGGACAAAGUCCAUCCCACUAAGUCAGAGUUCAUUAGAGCCAAAUACCAGAUGCUGGCCUUUGUGCACAAGCUGCCCUGCCGUGAUGAUGAUGGCGUCACUACCAAGGACCUCAGUAAGCAACUUCACUCCAGUGUGCGGACGGGGAGUUUAGAGACGUGUCUUCGGCUCUUGUCCCUGGGCGCUCAGGCCAACUUCUUCCACCCGGAAAAAGGCACUACCCCGCUCCAUGUGGCAGCCAAGGCAGGUCAGAUCUUGCAAGCUGAGCUGUUAGUGGUGUACGGUGCAGACCCUGGAGCACCUGACAUUAAUGGACGUACGCCUAUGGACUACGCAAGGCAGGCGGGCCAUAUAGAGUUAGCAGAGCGGCUUGUGGAGUGUCAGUAUGAGCUGACGGACAGGCUAGCCUUCUACCUCUGUGGACGGCGUCCAGAUCACAAGAAUGGCCAUUAUAUCAUUCCUCAAAUGGCAGACAGAGCUCGUCCUAAGUGCCCGACACAGAGCCUGGACCUCUCAGAAUUGGCCAAGGCCGCCAAGAAGAAGCUCCAAGCGCUCAAUAAUCGGUUGUUUGAGGAGCUAGCGAUGGAUGUCUAUGACGAGGUGGAUCGUAGAGAAAAUGAUGCAGUAUGGCUUACGACCCAGAACCACAGCACUCUGGUAACAGAACGCAGUGCAGUGCCCUUCCUACCAGUCAAUCCUGAAUACUCUGCCACACGCAACCAGGGCCGUCAGAAGCUGGCCCGUUUCAACGCUCGAGAGUUUGCUACGCUCAUCAUCGACAUCCUGAGUGACGCCAAAAGGAGACAGCAGGGAAAAGGUCUCAGCAGCCCUACUGACCCACUGGACCUGGGCAUCGACGAUGACCAGCAUGACUACGACAGUGUAGCAUCUGAUGAAGACACCGACAGCGAGCUCACCACCCAGAACAACAACAACACACAACGUAGCAACCGUGCAAAGAGUAUGGACUCAUCAGACUUGUCAGAUGGUCCCAUCACCCUGCAGGAGUAUCUGGAGGUGAAGAAGGCCCUGGCCUCAUCAGAAGCCAAGGUGCAGCAACUCAUGAAGGUUAACAACAACCUCAGCGAGGAACUCCGGCGGCUUCAGAAGGAGAUCACACGGAUGCAGACAGAGAACAGUGCCCUGCGGGGGGGCCAGCAGGCUGGGGGGGCAGCCGGCCAUGGGGUAGGGGGCCCUGGUGGAGGAGGAGGGGGAGGAGGCCACUGGCAAGGGGGUGUGAUGCGAGGAGGAAUAGGCGGAGGAGGUCUGGGUGGGUUUGGGCAAGGAGCGGACCCCCCGGGGCUCUCGGUGCCCUCCUCAGUCGCCCCCCACUCCCAUCCCCACCGGAGAGACCGCCAGGCCUUCUCAAUGUACGAGCCAGGGGCGGCCCCCGGCCCCACGGCCCAUGGUCCCCCAGCCCUGGACUCCCUGGCAGCCCGCCUGCAGCCCCUCAACACACCCAGCGUAAGGAAGGGUAGCACAGGGGGUCCAACACCGUAUGGAGGCCAGCAUCUGUCUGGAUCUACAGAGAUGGGCAGAUACAUGGUCUCUAAACCAGAGAAACAUGGCAGUGGCACAGACAGUGACUAUGACAACACACAAUCGUACGAUCUCUCACUAAGUAUGGGCCGCAGCAGUGAGGAGGAAGGUCGCGGGGAGUCUGAGGAGGGAGGGGGCGGGGAGGCGGGGGAGCCGGACCCCACCUUGCCCUGCACAGAGGAUGUCAUACUGAAGACUGAGCAAGUGACCAAGAACAUCCAGGAGCUGCUGAGGGCUGCUCAGGAGUUCAAACACGACAGCUUUGUCCCUUGUUCUGAGAAGAUCCACUCUGCGGUGACUGAGAUGGCCUCACUCUUCCCUAAACGCCCAGCAUUAGAUGCAGUCCACUGCUCCCUCCGCCUGUUGGCUUCCAGUGCCUCGAGGUUGCAGGUGGAGUGCCGUAAGGCCGCGCCCUCGGAGCCUGGGGCCCCUGCAGUGGACUACCAACUCCUCACUCAGCAGGUCAUCCAGUGCGCCUACGACAUCGCCAAGGCUGCCAAGCAACUGGUCACCAUCACCACUCGUGAGAAGAAACAGUGACCCAACAAAUGCAUGGAUGGAUGGUUGGAUGGAGAGGGAAGAGGGAGAGAGAACAGAUCAAUGCAUGGGUGGGCUAAGAGGGAUGUGAGGGGCUUCUAGGAGAGGAAGAAAGAAGGAUAAUAUGAUCAAACUAAAGAUGGGAGGACUAGGGAGGGGGAGUGACCGAGAGAAUGAUGGGCACUAUGAAGAAAAAAAAGUAGAGAGAAGUUUGGAACAUGCAUGGAAAGGAAUCAGAUGAAAGCACUGAUUGUUGAAUUAAAACACUACAGAGGACUGAAAAAGGAGGAAUUCCACAAGUGUGGAAGUGAAAGUAGGGUAAGACGAGUGAGGAUCCAACAUGGGAACUACAGCCUGGAGCAACCGAAAUAAACAGUUGGAAUCAGAUGUGUAUAAUAAACCGUCAAACUGUGAUAAGCAUAUGUGAAAUACAAUGGUGGUGAUGUACAGUGAACUGGAACCUGAGAUGUUACCGCUUUAUUUAUUCUCACCUGUCACUCGUCAUCCCUCCCUCUCCCUGUUUACUCUAUUCGGGGAGGGAGGAAGUGUAUUCUGCGAGAGAGGGAAGUAGGUAGACCAACUAUGACAUACUCCACACCAUCUCCGUCCCUCCAUCCUGUGAGGAGUAAGGACGUUCCUCCUCUUCUUUCCUCUUUGGUCUGCUCCUUUGCCCCUCUUUCUCUCCAACCAGACACAAGGCCCCUCUAGCUUCUAUCGUCCCGUACAGGAUGAGCUCCCGCUGCAGCGAAGGACCCCCUGGGAUCCAUCUAACGCCAUCCCCUCUCCACACCCCACCCAGGAUCUCAGAUGCUUCCUCCUGGGUUAGCUUUUGCAGGGGGCUCCAGCUUUUCUCCGACCUGUCAUCCCCCCUGUUGGUGGUACACAGCAUGAUCUGGCAUGUUUUAAUUUCUUUCCUCUCUCUUCUUUUUCUUUGUUUUUUUUCUUUUGAAUAUGCAGAUUGGUUUGGUCUGCACCUCUGAGGACAAAAAAUACUGACCUACAAAAACAAAACACUUACACUGGAAUAAUUGUGAUUUAUUGUUAUUGUUUAUCAUGCCUAUUGUUUUUUUGUAUUGAUAUUUUUACUGACUGUCAUCUUGAUUUAACUGUUUAUGUAUGUUUAUUUCAUUGUCUCAAAUAUGAUUCUCAUUUAGUGGAAUAGGGGGAAAGGUGGGAGUAUGUGCUCAACCCCUUACUGAGGUAAACAUGCACACACGCAUACACAUAAAAAAGAAAAAAACCUGUGAAAUGGUCCUCAACAUAUCUCAAGUGCUCCGUUUCUAGGUGACAGUUGUUUCAUGUUGUAAGAUGUCCUGUGGCCAAGGGGUUGAACAGUUGCCAAAGGGGAGUGGGUGUUUGGGAAGAUUUUCUGUCAGACCGAAAGCCCCUUGGUGCAUUAUGACAGGACCUGGAUCAAAAUGCUCUUUCCACGUAUCCUCAGCUGUCUUUUUGCGCUUGAUUUAUCUUACAGUUUGCCUCAUUUAAUUGCACCAGUGGAUUCAUCUCAUCGAAUCAAUCCCAUAUUCAUUUUUGCUGUGCCAAGCAGGAUAAUAAAAUCAAGCGCACCACUUGGUCCAGCUUGUGUAUGAGGAUUAACCCCCCACCCCCCGGUCUUGCUUUAAAACGGUAUGUUAUUGACAUGGCUGGUGUGCUCCUGGGUGCUUGUAUUACACAGCAUCCAUUAUUUACAUGCAUGUUAAAAAAAACAAAAAAACUUUGAGUCAAAUUAAGUUGACACGACAUACUGGUAUGUUGCAUUUAAGCUUUAAGUAGACCUGUGGAAAGCACCAGAUCUAGUAACCUGGAGCAGACAUAUGGUGAGAGAUACUCAUUGCAUCAUUCAUUUGAAAAUGAAAAUUUGUUCAUUUGAAAUUGAUUCAUCCACCUCAAGUGUGCUUGAUUUACUUUGCCAUGUAUUACUUUCACUUUUCAGACUGUGUGGCAAGCACAAUCAAGCCCACAUUCUGUUUUCCGAUUGAUUCUCUGUCACGGCCUGCUGAUCCGGGCCACAGAAGUUGUCACUUCUAGCUCAUUGUCUCUGAACUCUGCUAAUAGGAGACAGCAUUGGGAACAAAGAUGUUUGUUUUGUUUUUUGUUUUGUUUGUUUUUUAAGAUAGCGCACUUAGCCUACUGUAGGUUUAAAUCUUGUCGUACUGUGCCGUACAAAUAUGGUCAUAUCUGUAACUAAAGAUUCAGAUGGGAUCUAAAAAAGUCUUUGCUAGCUGCCAGGAGGACCGUCCUCUUCUAGUUUAGAUUCACCUCUAACCUUUCUCUAAUGAUUCUGCAGCUCUUUUCUCAAAGUGUCUGUGGCUUUACUAGUUGGUUGUUCUUGCAUUGGUCUAUUCUAUAAUCCUGCUCAUUGCUCAGAAGGCUUCUGCACAUUCAAUUUACUUGCCUGAAACAAUGACCUCAUCUUUCGAACAGCGGUUACAGUACAUCUCAAUUCUUUUAUUGUAUUGCUGCCUUUAAGCAAGAAGCAAUUAGACCUUAAUUAGCCCCAAACACUUUGAGAGAUUGAUGCUUUUCCUCAGCACUUCUCUGUCCACUUUAUUCAUGUUUUGUUUUUCACUUUUCCCCCCGAUCAUCACUUGGGGUGUCUGACUGUCAGUGUUCCUCAGUCUCUCAUACAGUUGCACACAUGUCUCUGUAGGACGAGGUUGGAGUGUUUUUCUCUGUUCCCUGUCAAAACAAAUCAUGUCCAAAAGACUCUUGAAAUGUAUCAUUGUUUGAUAUUGAAUGCCUUUGCACAUCAUCAUCUCUCUGUUUGACUGGCUGAGUUACAGUGAUGUUGUACAGACUGCUGAAACAACAGAAAUACACACACACACACACACACACACACACACACACACACACACACACACACACACACACACACACACACACACACACACACACACACACACACACACACACACACACACACACACAGGGGCCAGUAGAAAAGCUUGUCCCUUCAAUCAUGAUCGCCCAGGUUUUAGACUAGAGCCAUAUAUAUGAACAUAUAUUUUCAUGCUAUAUUUUAUAUUAAACUAUAUGUUAGGGUUAUGUUUGCGAGAUAUUUAUGUCUAUUCGUUGGCCCAAGUGAGCUUCAGGCCAAAUCUUCAUUCACCUCUUAAGUCUUGACACCUGAUGUACUUGUAGAUGUUUUAAGUCUUGUGAGUAUGGUUAUGCUGUGGUAUUACCCCUUAUGUAGUCAUAUUGUACAUAUUAAUGAUCCUAUUAGAAUCCACAGGAAGUGAAGAGUGAGAACAACAGUUUGAUCCAGGUGUGGUCUUAGUUGCACUAUUUUCAAACACCAGCUGGAUGAAGUAGGAUCUAAAUUAUGUACUGCACUCUUCCAAAGGUCUUAGUUCAGGUACAUAAGGUGCAGGAUGCAGGGGUUCAAUGUGGGAUAGGGCAAUUAGAAAGGUCUGAAGCGCACUUUGGCUUAGCACUACAGUCAUCUCAACGGCGGGAGCAGGAGGGUCUAAAACGCACAUGGACUAGUCCUUCCCUAAGUUUGUGGACACUACGUAGGGUGCCUCUAGAGUGAAUGUUAAAUGCUUCCGUCAGUUCAUGUCCGACAUACUUAAUAUACCCUCACCAUGUCCAGAAUUCAGCACAUACUUUUCAACAUCAAACACACACCCUCAACACUUAUCAGCUGGACCAAGCCUUCCACGAGUACAAACAUUAAAUUUGCAGCCAGUGAAUUAUACACACACACUUCUGAUACUCAGCCAUCGGCAGUGCACCGUGGCCUGUACUGUUGCUGUCCCUGUGUUUCUUCACAGCUCUACACUUUGGGAGAUGGGUGACGGGAGAGUUAGCUUUUAACAGAAGACGUUAAAAACUGUAUAAAGUAGAGAAAACAAUGACUUAAAAAGGUCAAUCGUAAUGGAAACUCAUAAGCUGUACAUUUGUAAUAAAAUAAUAAAACAA